AAGCUGUUUCAACUGUGAAAAGUCAAAUAUUAAUUAAAUGACAUAUUAAAAAGUACUUAAAUUCACAAAUUUGUUUGUUGUUUCUGAUAGUGAAUUAAAAAAUCUUAUCGUCAAUAAAUAUUUUCAGUGCAAUAUUACGUUUAAUACGUUUUAAGUUUUCGUGAAAAAAAAAAUCAAUAAAGUAACGAAGAGGAAAGCAACCUCAUGAAGAAUUAUCUCAGCAAAGUGUCAAAGUGUUUAAGUCUUUAAAGAAAACAAAAGCUUUGAUUUGUGAUUGUCAACAGGAGCAAUGUCUAAGAAAAAUCAAUCUCGCAUACCAAUGCGUGGCUUUAGCAGCCAAAUUCCAACUUUAGGAUCAUCAACAUCAUCUCCAUCGCAGCAGUCCAAAAUGACUUCUCCAUUUACACCAGCAAACACAUCAAAUAUCAAAUCAAUAGCCACAAAAGUUAAUCGUCCCACAGAAUUUGACGUCCCCCAACAACAGAGAGGACUUUCACAUUCAACACAAUUUUGCCAAAAAAGAACUCAGAUUACCAAAGCAAGUGAAUCAAAUUUAACGCCAACAUCUCGGACUAAUCAACGCCCAUAUACUGAUCAUAAUAACUAUUCAAUCAAGAAGGAAAUUGCUAGUCAGAAGCCAAAGGAUGAAAAGGAAAAUGUGAUGAAGAAAAUUGAUGCAAAAUGUGAUGAAGAAUUGUUAUUUGAUGAAACAAUUGACUUGGUGGGAAGUGAAGAAAAUUUGAAUGAUGCGAUUACAUUGUCUAAACAACAAUACGAUAUCUUUCAACCAAAUAAAAGCUUACUACCAUCAUCAUCAACAUCGUUGACUGAAACAAAAGCAUUCAACUCAGAAAACUGUCUGUUGAAUCAGAACGAGAGGGUAAAAAGAAGUCGUGAUGAUAAUUCAAAUCAAAGCAUGAAAAAGGGUAGCGAUUACUUGCGUCUAUCAUUGUCACAACGUUGGAUAUCACAAGAUCAACUACCAGAUCCAUCAAAACUUUUAUGUAUGACACCAGAAGAAGAUGCGGAGAAGAUUUCAGUUCAUCAUAUGGAAAUUGAUGAAGUUGAUGACGAAAAAAGUUCACAAAAUACUCCAUACGAUGAUUUAAAUAUCCAAAAAAGAUUUUCAUUCGGCUUUGACAUCACUGAUUGUAAUUUGGAUUGUUCACUUGAACUUGUCGACACAUCAAUAUCGUCAAUGGCACAGAAAUCAGCAGAUGAAGAAAAACAAUUAUCGUAUGAUGUUGAUGAAAGUCUUGGAAUUUUAACACCAGAUCAGAUGAAAGAAUUUCUUGAUUCAACUGCAACUAAUCACAGCAAGAAUUUAGAAUUGCCAAUACUUGCGAUUGCUGGGAAAAUGAAUCUUCAAUAUCGAAUGGAUCAAACACCUUCACCAGAAGAAUUACCAUUAGAUCCCAUUGGAGUGAAAACUGACAACACAAAUGAAGCUUUACAACAAGUAACGGCAACAACUUCAACAUCAUCACAUCAAGAGCAUUCACAAAACGACAGCGAUCCGAAGACAGAAAUGACAAAGUCAGGAAAUUCAAAAAUUUCUAAUAGCAUCAUAACAAGUAUAACAAGCAUCACUUCACUUGACACUGGAUAUAUUGGCGAUGGUGAACUUUCACGUCCUACAAGUCGUGGUGCUGAUCAAACACCUUCGAAAGCUCCACGUGAGAUUCCCGCUCAUCCAGUAAUGAACUUUAAUCGUCCGCCUCCUGCAGCUUAUCGUUGUAAUGAUCCAAUGACAGAUUCUGAUUUCUUCACUGAAAGUGAUGCUGAUGAUAUUAUUCAUCAACGAGAGAAUCAACGUCGUGCUCAAGUCAUUGAUGGUCAACUUUAUGGGCCAAUGGUUCAGGGAGCGAAUGUUUUUAUUCAACAUCAACUUCAAAGUGAAAGAGAUACAUGUAUGGAAUCAAGUGGCGUGUUUACUGAUGUAGAAAAUUGUUGUGGUGAUGAAUAUGUCGUGAAACGUGAGAAUAACAUUCAUAAUUCUAAUGUUAUGUCACCUGACUUGUCUUCAGAUACUCUCAGUAGCAGUCACACAGCUUGCAGUCAAAAAAAUAUCAACACAAUGUUAUCACCAUCAUCACCCGCACAACUAAUAAGCGAACAUCGUCAUGCAAUCGCUACUGAACCUUUGUCAUCAGUUUGUAACGUCUCUAUGAUAGAUGAGUGUGUUAAUCUUAUCAGCGAUGUUUCAAACAAUUCGUGUAGCUACGAAGAAAAGAAGAACAGCAGCAUCUCUUUGAAAGCUAAGAAAGCGAUUGGUGUUAAAAAGUCUGUCUCAGUUAGUCGCAAAAAAAAGAACGAGGAGAAUUUGAGCGCUAAGAAAAUAGAAAAACAAUCGUCUGCAAGUCCUAAUAGCAGUGAAAGAAUGAAAGUUGUUUCGAAAAUUAAAAGCGAAGUUCAAGAAGAAUUAAAAAAUAAAUCAAAGAAAAGUCACAGCAGUAAAUGGGAAUCUGUUAUGAAUAAAAUCACUGAGAAUAUAAAUGUCAAAAAGAACUUUGAUAACGUCAAAUCUAAAGUGACUUGUGGUGCUGUAAAGCGAACACUUUCCUCUAAAGCGCCAUCAUUUGAUGAUCAUGGUUCAUCAAUGUCAAGUAGACAAUUCAAUGGAAAUAAAUGUGGACGAACACCGAGUAAAAAACUUCAGCAAAGAUCUCAAAGUGACUUGACUACAACGGGGGCGUCGCCGAUAGUUCAACGUCCAAAUAAAAAAUGUAAUGUUAUUCCAAUCGAUUCUUCAGUGUACGAUUCGAGCCCACCGCCAGUCAAAACUUGCCCGACGAAUAGAGGAAAUGGAACAAUUGGAAGUCAAAAAAGCAGCCCUCGCACCAUUUCAAACUUACACAAGCAAAAUUCACCAAAGCAAAAUGAAGUUGCGACAAUCACAAUUUCCAAGGAGUUUAAAAAGUCGCCACUUCCUAAGAAGACACUUUCUCGAACUACAGCAACGUGGAGUGCGACAACUCCCGAAAAGUCGCCGACAUUAAGAGACAAUAAACGUUCAAUUGCUCCAUCAUUGUCAAUUGAAUCUCCUAGGUCAUCAAUUCGUUCAAAUCAUUCAUCAAAAUCAGCAUUGCAACCUUUAAGUAAUUCCAAAAUAAGCGAGAAUGUUAUUUGUCUAAGCAGCUCACCAAAAGCGGCUAAAAUUAAUAAAAUUGAAAACAAUAAUAGUAGUCGUAUAGUAAAUAAGAAUAAUAAACAAAAACAAGUUGAUCAAAAAGCAUUUGUGGAGGAUCAGAAGCAGAAAUUUGAAUUAUUGAAUGCAUAUAAAGGAGUCGAAGCACUUGGUGUACUUGUACAAUAUUUAGUUUAUAAAUUGGAUGCAUUUUCUUGCCCAUCAUUGAAAGAAUCUCAACAGAAACUCUCAAAGAAAUUGCUCGAAGUACAAAAUAAUCUCAACGAAACAAAUCUUUCUCAUCAAAAUAUCAUUGAGAAAUCAAAUGAACGUGAAGAAUAUUUCAAGAAACGUGAAAUUGAUAUUCAUGAAUUGCAUCAACGUGAAAUUGCGACUGUGAAAAAGCAACUUGAAGAUCUCGAAAAUGAAAGAAAAGUUACAAUCGAAGGUCUUGAAGAGAAACUUCUUCAUAAUCAAAGAGAAUCUGAAAUAAAUUUUCUCGCAUUCACUAAAAAUGCCGAUGAAAAACUUUCCAUUCGUGAAGCUGAACUUCAGUCAACUAAGGAACGUGAAGAAAGUUUACUUAAGCGAAUUCAAACGAUGACAAUAACUGAAGAUGAACUUCGAGAAAAAGUUCACAAAAGUGAGAUGGAGUUCAGUGAAAAGCUUCAUCAUGCCAAUAUACGUGAUCAAGAACUCAAUGAAACGAUCAUUCAACUGACAAAGCGACUUGAAGAGACGAAGACAAAAUCUGAAAUUGAGAUUUGUGAACUCAAGCAAAAGCUAAAUUUGUAUCAAAGUGAACUCAAAAUUUGUCGUCAAUCACAAAAUUCCAACGAAUCAUUCCUGAACAAAUCCGUCAGUCUCAAUCAGUCACAAUUGCUACAAGAUGAAGUUGAAUCUUUGCAAUGUGUUCUUAAACUCAAACAAAGUGAAAUAUCAGAUUUAAGAAUACAGAAUGGCGAACUUCAACGUGCAGUUGGCGACACGCAAGCAGCUCAGGCUAAAUGUUCUGUUUUAGAGUCGAGACUUGAAGAUCUCAAAGUUCAAUUGGGUGUUAAACAUGAGGAAGAAAAGGAUCUUCUAAAGAAAGUGAAACAAACGCAAGAAUCUCACGACAAUAUUCAUAAGAAGUUGACUCGUUUGUCAAUGCAUAACGAAGAACUUCAAUGGCGUUUAAAACAGAAUGCUGAACGUUAUUCUCACACAAUUAAUGAACUUUCAAAGAGUUAUCAUGAAUUAAGUUCCAUAAACAAUCGAAGCAACGCUACAUUCAGUGAGAUUGACAUGAGUCAUGAGUUUUAUGAUGAUAAUGAAAGAAUUUCACCGCCAAUUUCUCCGAUUGUUAAAGGUGUUAUUGAGAAGAGCGAUUCAGUUUCAUGGGUAUUGGAAAUAGACGAUGAAGAGCCAGAAGUUCUUGCAAGUCGAAUGGUUCGACGUGCUGGCUCAUUUCGUUCUGAUAAAUGUUCACCAUCACCAAUAGCAAAGCGAAAGAAAUGUCAAAACAAUACAAGCAUUCAACAAUCAGCGUCAGCUUCUCUAAUAAAUCAACAUUUAGAGCCACUUCCACAAGGUUCAACUCCAGCAAAUAAAAGAAAUCGUUCAAAAUCGCUCAGUGCUAAUAAAGUUAUCAGAGAAACGAAGAAGAAAGUCGUUCGUUCAGUUUCAAACACUUGUAGUAACACACUUGAUGCUGAAUGGAAGCAAUUUGAUGAAACUGGUGAAGCAAUGGUCAGUUGCUCAAAUUCUGAAGAUGAAGAAGAGAAUUCAGCUUCGAUAUCUUCGUGUGCUUCUACUGGUCCAUCGACGCCAUCAAUCAACAGCUCAAACUUGAAUAAUCAAGAGCUGAUGAAAGACAUCAAAGAUCCAGCAAUUCAAUGGGAAGCAAGUGAAGCUAUGACCGACAUUUGUGGAAUUUUCUACAAAAAAACUUUGAAAAUGAAUUUAAAAUGGAUGAUAACGGUAGUAAUUAUUGCGUUUGUAUCAUGUGUUCAAUGCACAAACCAAGAUUUAUGGCAGCCAAAACUUGGUUGUCAUUUGGUUGGCUACACCAGAAAGGUUUCCAUCCCAGAUUGCAUCGAAUUCUCUUUAACUACUAACGCUUGUCGUGGAUUUUGUGAAAGUUUUGCGGUAUCAAGCAAUUUUGCUGUUGGAACUCAUCGUCCUGAUCAACCAAUCACUUCUGUUGCACAGUGUUGCAAUAUUAUGGAGUCUGAAGAUAUGAAAGUUAAAGUUGGAUGCAUUGAUGGGAAACGAGAAGUCACAUUUAAAAGCGCGACUCGAUGUUCUUGUUUCCAUUGCAAGAAAUCUUAAAUCCUUUUUUUUAUUACAAAGAAACUUUAAAUCUCUUGAUAAAUGCUGCACUCUGAUUACAUUAUCGCUUUCCCUCUUAUUUUCCCAUGUAAUAAUAAAAUAUUAAAUGAAAUUGAUUAAAAAUUUGAGGCGUAGGUGUAUCAAUAAAAUGACGAAGAAUCAAUAAAAGUUUUAAGAACUGGGGAAAAGGAAAAUUCUUUUCCUUGAAUUUUUAUUACAUUUAUUCCCAUACUGACUUUAAAUGUCACAUUCUUAGGAGAUUAGACUCUUUCGAUAUGAAACAUUCAAUUCGCCUAAAAGCUCAAUAAAUUAAAAGAAAAUUUCUCGAC